CUCAGCUGUGUGGCCAGAGCACUUCCGUUUCCUGCAGCCAAGUUCCUGUCGCGUAACACGAAGACACUUCCGCAUAGGUGUAGGAGUUCCAUAGGUUCCGGCAGAUGCUGUCAUUGUACUUAGUGCACACCGGAACUGCUCGGCACUGGCUCUGGACCAGGACUCGUCUACCCUGUGCGCUGAGCCAGGGAUGCUGUUGCCGCCGCCAUGUACUGCUUCCUGUGUGACAUUGCGCUGCUUCUUGCUGCCCUGGCAGCUCUCAUAUUCAUUCUGCUUCUUAUUGUAGCACAUGUAACAGCCAAGAAAAUGCCAAAUCUCCACCGUUUGGAGGAAGAGAAGCAUUUCAUUGACAGCAAAGGCAAGAAAGAGCCCUUUCCAUCCAUCCACGAUCCACCCACGAGAGACCUGUCAGUGGUUGUCCCUUCAUACAACGAAGAAGAACGGUUGCCAGUCAUGAUGGAUGAAGCUAUGGAAUAUUUGGAACAAAGACAGAAAAAACAGCCUUCAUUCGGCUAUGAAGUUAUUGUCGUAGAUGACGGCAGUAAGGAUAAAACUACUGAGGUCGCUUUAAAGUACUGUAAAAAAUAUGGCAGUGACAAAGUACGGGUUCUGACGCUGAAAAAGAAUCGUGGGAAAGGUGGAGCUGUAAGAAUGGGGGUCCUGGUUUCCCGAGGCAAGCUGAUUUUAAUGGCUGAUGCUGAUGGAGCUACUAAGUUUGCAGAUAUUGAAAAUGUAGAGGUUGGACUUGAAAAACUAAAACCCUGGCCGGAAAAAUUGGCCAUAUCCUGUGGGUCAAGAGCUCAUCUGGAGAAAGAGUCCAUAGCACAGAGAUCCGUGUUCAGGACAUUCCUCAUGUAUGGCUUCCACUUCCUCGUGUGGUUCCUAUGUGUGAGACGUGUAAGAGACACUCAGUGUGGAUUCAAACUGCUGACGAGGGAAGCGGCAGCACAAACUUUCUCUGCUCUUCACGUCGACCGUUGGGCGUUUGACGUGGAGCUGCUGUAUAUCGCUCAGUGCCUCAGUAUUCCUGUUGCAGAGGUUGCAGUAAACUGGACAGAAAUUGAAGGCUCUAAGCUGGUGCCUUUCUGGAGCUGGUUGCAGAUGGGACGGGAUCUCCUGUUUAUACGAAUGAGAUAUCUGACCGGGGCCUGGAAGAUCGAUACAAGUGGGAAAUUAAAAUGAAGCCAUUUCUGGCCUUGGACGUUUUAUCGUUGUACAAUUCUGAGCAACUGUCACAUUGAUAACUGAGGUGUUGGGAUAAACAAUUCAUUACAGAAACUGUUCUUUUAUGUCCAGUGACAGUUUUAUGUGCUAAAUUCCCAUGUAAAUAAUUCUGUUUAUAAAGAAAAAAAACUAAAGCAAAAAGGUUAAUAAAUCACAAACAGUGUAUUUA